UCAGCGUGGUCCGCAAAGGCUGGUGGCGCGCGAUCUCUGCGGGGCCGCCACCUUCCAGGCCACCCCUUCUCCGGCGCCCUCGCACUCGGGGAGAGGUAUUUUAUGCAUGGGGUUUGUAAGGAAGGAGAUAACUGUCGCUACUCGCAUGACCUCUCUGACAGUCCGUAUGGUGUAGUGUGCAAGUAUUUUCAACGUGGGUACUGUAUUUAUGGAGACCGCUGCAGAUAUGAACAUAGAAAGCCAUUGAAACAGGAAGAAGCGACUGCUACAGAUCUAAUUGCAAAACCUACCCUUGCUGCUUCCUCAAGUCUCUCAUCCGUGGUUGGACCUUGCAUUGAGGCCCACGAGAAGGACAUGGAGCUGUCUUUUGCUGUGCAGCGCAGCAAGGACAUGGUGUGUGGGAUCUGCAUGGAGGUGGUCUAUGAGAAAGCCAACCCCAGCGAGCGCCGCUUUGGGAUCCUCUCCAACUGCAACCACACCUACUGUCUCAAGUGUAUUCGCAAGUGGAGGAGUGCUAAGCAAUUUGAGAGCAAGAUCAUAAAGUCCUGCCCAGAAUGCCGGAUCACAUCUAACUUUGUCAUUCCAAGUGAGUACUGGGUGGAAGAGAAAGAAGAGAAGCAGAAACUCAUUCAGAAAUACAAGGAGGCAAUGAGCAACAAGGCGUGCAGGUAUUUUGAUGAAGGACGUGGGAGCUGUCCAUUUGGAGGGAACUGUUUUUACAAGCAUGCGUACCCUGAUGGCCGUAGAGAGGAGCCACAGAGACAGAAAGUGGGAACAUCAAGCAGAUACCGGGCCCAACGAAGGAACCACUUCUGGGAACUCAUUGAGGAAAGAGAGAACAGCAACCCCUUUGACAACGAUGAAGAGGAGGUUGUCACCUUUGAGCUGGGCGAGAUGUUGCUUAUGCUUUUGGCUGCAGGUGGGGACGACGAGCUGACAGACUCUGAGGACGAGUGGGACUUGUUUCACGAUGAGCUGGAAGAUUUUUAUGACUUGGACCUAUAGCAGCUUUGAGUGGCACGGGAACUGGUCUGCGAGCCUCAGACAGUAGCUGUCCCCUGUGCCGCGUGGCAGUGCGUGUUGCUCUCCUAGGCAGGCCUCUCCACUCCAGGUGCUGUCGUGAUCACUUACCCAGGGCCUGCUGCUCCCCUCCCCUUUCCCCAAGGAGUGUCUGUUUUCUCUGUUUCAAAAAGUUACAAAAAUAAAUCUUAAAGUUAGUUUUUUUGUAACAUGAAUUUAACUGUCAGACAGUUAGGGUAGGUUUGUUGCGUCAUCUGUUUUCAGCCAGGUUGUAUCUAUGGACUUUCUGCACUCAUUUCCAGGACCCCAGGUUCAGGAGCAAAAGCACCAGCCGUGCUUUGGGGUCCAAGAGUAGGGGUGACGGGUGAAGGCACCUAAGCUGGCUGGCAAGUAGUCUUCUGCAGACGUAGGAGGUGGGUCCUUGAGGUUUCUGGUAAAAUGUGCACAUCUGUGUUUUUGUAUCAGUUCCCUCCCCUAUAAUCCCCUCCACCACGUUCGCUUGUCCUGUGGUUUUGGUCUCUUGUUUAAUUGCACAUAAGGAGUACUACUGGGUAAAGAGAACCAGGUGUGAAUGUAUUGACUUUAGCAUGCUAGGAACAUUUGAAAGAACACACAUGAAAGAUAAGUGGCACACCAUCAGUGCAGGAUUGGCAGUUGACUCCCAAGGGCUUGGUGUGAGCAUGAGCUUCCUGUCCCUGCAUAGAUACAGUAUUUUUAGCCUUAGUGGACAAACUUGGUUUAGUGGUUUCAGCCUCAUGUGGCAGGUAGAUCUUAAAGGGCAAAGCAGUGUGUUGGAGAUAGUUGCUAUAGCAGCGCUAGCUCUGUCUAUAUGCUAGAGGAAUGGGGUCAGCCAUAGUGGAUAAAUGACUGGUUAUCCCAUGUAUCAACACAGACUGGGUCUUGGAUGCACAGUUUUAUUUAAUGUUUCAUGGUGUGGCCCUUCCAGUCCAGGCACUUUUGGAAAAACUUUUGUCCUCUGUUUGAGGGGUUCUGUUGUCAGGUUUUUGUGUUUGUUUUUGUGGGUAUUGCCUCUUUCCACCCCUGAGCUUUGCAGGUAGAUGGAAGUCAUUCAAAACUAUGUUCUAAGGUGUUUAUUGUAGUGGAGUGAUUGGUUUGCGGUAAUAAGUCAUACUUUUUUUUUCCACUAAAGGGGAGGGCGUGGUAAUCCACAAGACAAGCUGAAGUUAAGUUGUUAGAAGAAUUCCUUGAUGGGAAAGUUUACCUUUGCAUUUUGUUGCUUUGUUUCCUGAAAAUAACUUGGGAGAUGCUCCUGAUUUGUCCAUCUACUGCUUUGGUUCCUUGGAUCCCACUCAUUCUUUCACUUUAAGAAAAAACAAGUAAUUGUUGCAGAGGUCUCUGUAUUUUGCAGCUGCCCUUUUGUAAGAAGCACUUUUCCCAAAUAAAACAA